AGUUCCAUCCCUGUGAUCAUUGCUGGAGCCGGUCCUACUGGCUUGACGCUGUCGAGGUUGUUGUCACAACUGGGCGUCAAGAACCUACUGCUUGAGCGGGGUCCAGCUCUGACAAAACACCCUCAAGCCCACUUCAUCAACAACCGCACAAUGGAGAUCUUUCGCCAGAUGCGCGGUACAGAGAGCGACGUUGCUGCAGAAGUGGUGAAGCUUAGCCCUCCAUUGAGAGAGUGGCGUAAAUUCAUAUACUGUGAAUCUAUGACGGGCAACAUACUCGGCGAGGUUGACCAUUUCAAGGGACAACAAGGAGCAAGGAUGCAUCACUUGAGCCCAGAGCCGGUGGCCCACCUCUCUCAACACCGGUUGCUGCCAAUCCUACUGAAGAGCGCCACUGCACAUGACUCGCUUGGUGACCUCCGCUUUGGGCAUGCAGUGUCAAGAGUUGAACAUCUGCCGUGUGGCCUCUGUUCAUCAGGUCACCACCAUGCGAUUUCAUAUCCUGCUUGCCGGAACAUACAAAACAUGAAGCGAUCUGUAAUUUUGCAGAGGAACAGGCCCUACAGUGUGGAGUGCAAUCACCUGGUGGCAACUGAUGGAGCAAACAGCAGCAUUCGCAGUUUGUUGGGUGUGAGAAUGACUGGCAUCCCAGCUAUGCAACACCUCAUCAACAUACAUUUCAAGGCGCCAGGCCUGAAACAGCACCUGAGCGACAGGGAAGCAAUGCUGUACUUUGUGUUCAACUCAGAGGUUAUCUCUGUCGUGGUUGCACAUGACCUGGAAGCUGGAGAGUUUGUUGCUCAGGUGCCAUUCUUUCCGCCAACGCAAUCCUUGAAAGAUUUCCCAGAAGGGAUUUGCAAGCGUCUGUUGCUGGCGGCCACUGGAGUGCAAGGACUGGACAUACAAGUAUUGAAUGUCCGGAAUUGGACCAUGCACGCAGAAGUUGCCGAUCGCUUCAAGGUGGGCAACGUCUUCCUUGCGGGGGAUGCUGCACAUCGCUUCCCUCCUGCAGGCGGUUUUGGAAUGAACACCGGCAUCCAAGAUGCCCACAACCUCGCUUGGAAAUUGGCUGCAGUGAUACAGAAGCGGGCUGGAGGAAUUUUGCUGGACUCAUACGAGGCCGAGCGGAGGGCAGUAGCUGUCGCCAACACUGAGCUCAGUGUCUCCAACUGGAAGGAGGCACUGAAAGUGCCGCAGGCUCUUGGUCUUGAUCCUGCUGCAGCCAAUGUGCUUCAUAGCGUCAUCACUUCCAGGCCUGCAUCAAUGCUGUCAUCAGGGCUUGUGAAGUCUGCGCUGGAAGCUGGACUUAGCCUGGGCAGGUCCAUGUCAGGGGUGAAGGGCCCACUGCGACCCUGGCGCGAGAGGCAGCUGAGGGACAUAUUUGCUGCUGGGGACACAUUGCGCCUCCAGUUUCCUCGAGAGGAUCUGGGGUUCAUCUACAAUGCGCCCGGUGCUGCCGUUGAUGUCUCAUCUGGCAUGCCAGCUGAUGAGCCACACAGAGGCAGUGACCGGAACCGCCCAUAUGUGCCCAGCACAGUUCCUGGUGCACGCCUGCCGCACUGUGACAUUGCAGUGGUCGGCGGGGUUGGCACGGCAGGUCCUGCACACCAGUGCAUCUCGACCCUUGACCUCAUGCCUUACACAUCAGUGGAGAUGCCGCUGUGGCUCAGCGGAAGCCAAGCGUCCAGCGUCUGGGCAGAGGCA